AUGCCGUUCCGGCCACUAGGAGCGCGUGUUCGCUGCCACGUCACCGCCCAAGCACGUGCUUCCACCAACCAGCAGGGUUCGGAUCGGCCGUCGCUACUCCCGUCCUCGCUCCAGCCCAGGUUCGGUGGCCGAACCUGCAGGCUCGGGGUAGCUCCGGCAGCUAUCGGUCCACAACCAAGGAGUUCUCUAGGUUUGGGGGAAACUGGUGCGCUGGGGGCGGGGAAUGGGGGAGGGGGGAGUUCCGCUGGGGGAGCUGCUUCGGCCUCAAGCGCCACAGCUUUAUCUGCUGCCCGUUCCCAGACCCCUGACCGGCCUCAGCCAUCCCUGGCCCGCCACGUGGCACGAAGCCUGCCCGUGGCGGUGCUGAGCGAGCUCGUGGCAGCUGCGGCUACAGCAGGAGGUACAGCCGCUACAGCCGCAGCCAAUAGCGGGCUGCCAGCUCACGCGGGGCAUCUGGCGAUUCCUGCUACAGCCGUGACGCCUGUAGCAGUGACGGCGCUAGCAGCCAUAUACGGAGCUUACCUGUCAGAUAACCUGCUGGGACGGCAGAAACAGCCGCCAAAAACAGAGCCGUUGAUCAUCGAGUCAGUGGACGUCACAGAUUACCCCAUCUUCAGGCACCCAGAGGUGCUGCGAGCAGUUGAGUUCGCCAGGGAUGCGCACUGGGACCAGUACCGCAAGACAGGCGAGCCGUACGUCAACCACUGCGUGCACACUGCGCGGAUACUGGCUGCUCUGGUGCCACCCCAGGGCAAGAAGGCAGUGGAUGCUGUGGUGGCAGCAGUGCUGCAUGACAUUGUGGAUGACACGCCCUACGACAUUGCUGACGUGGAAAUGCUCUUCGGUGCUGACGUGGCACAGCUGGUGGAUGGCGUGUCUCGCCUCAGCCAUAUCAACCAGUUGUUGCGCCGGCACCGCAGGGCAACGGCAGAGCAGAGAGCACAGGAGAACACAGGGCUCAGUUCAGCUGAUGUGGACAGCCUGAGGAUGAUGCUGCUAGGCAUGGUGAACGACCCUCGAGUGGUUCUUAUCAAGCUGGCGGACAGGCUGCACAACAUGCGCACCAUCUACGCACUGAAGGACAGCAAGGCACGGGCAGUGGCACAGGAGACACUUUCCAUCUGGUGCUCCCUGGCCUCUCUAUUCUGCCUGUUGCCCAUUCUCUCGUAUUCUCUGCGGCUGCUUCCUCCUCCCCUCUCCCCCUCCCAGCUACGCACUGAAGGACAGCAAGGCACGGGCAGUGGCACAGGAGACGCUGUCUGUCUGGUGCUCCCUCGCCUCUCGCCUCGGUGUGUGGGCCGUGAAAGCAGAGCUAGAAGACUUAUGCUUCGCGGUGCUGGAGCCGAGCUGGAGGACCUCUGCUUUGCGGUGCUGGAGGGUGACUUAGCACUCGGGUCUCUCGUUUCGCCUCACGCCUUGAAGCGAGCUGGCCACCAUGUGGAGCUCCCCGGAGGACUGGCAGUUGCUGAGAAGCGCCUGCGCCCCUUCCCCUGCCUCCUUUCCCCCUUUCCCCCUAAAUCACCCCCCCAGCCGCGCAUAUUCCGCCAAUUGCGGGGCGAGCUGGCCACCAUGUGGAGCUCUCCUGAGGACUGGCGGUCACUCAGAGGGAAGGGAAAUCUCUAUUCCUCACAACCCUUCCCGCUCCUUCCCUUACCGCACUCAACCCCACUCCAGCCGCGCAUAUUUCGCCAGCUGAGAGGCGAGCUGGCCACCAUGUGGAGCUCCCCGGAGGACUGGCGGUCGCUGAGAGAAGGUAGAUGCGUAUUCCUCACGCCCCUUCCCACUCUUCCCCCAACCGCACUGAACCCCACUCCAGCCACGGAUGAACCUGAGAAAGGGCUGAUUCACUUCAUCACACACGCAGGAUCGGCAGAGAAAGGCGGCACCAAGAAAGGCACCACCACCAGCGGCGGCACUCAGAAAGGAAAAGGGAGCAGUGGCACCAUGCAGGGAAAAGGUUCCACUCAAGGAAACAGUCUCACAAAAGGUGCCAAGAGCAGCGGUGUGCUUAUAGCGAAUGAGUUCCUAUCCAUGGUGGCUGCAGCGGAGGGAGCAGUACUGGACGCCGUGCCAGGUGGCAAGCUGCUACAGGGCGCGAGGGACGAGGAGGGGGAGGAGGGGGAAUCAGAGCCGUCGGUUCGGGAUUUGAUCGAAGCGGUUGUGCCGUUCGAUCUGCUGGCGGAUAGGAACAGGCGGAGCAGGGCAGUGGCUUGGCCUGCUGCUGCUGGUAGGGCUGCUACUGGUGCUGGUGCUGCUGCCCCCGGCAGUGGAACAAGUGCUACUGAUGGUACAACCAGUGGUUCCAGUGGUGCGGGUAGUGGUGGUGGUGCGAGUGUUGCUGCAAAUGGCACCACAAGUGGCACAGUGAGUGGGGGGGGUGUGAGGAGGAGGAGGACGAGGGUGAUGCGCGAUGCAGAGGUGGCGCUCACGGCUCUGCACGGCUGCGAGGAGGCGCUGCAGCGAGAGCUCCUUAUAACAACCCCCUAUGUGCCAGGGAUGGAGGUGGUCCUCUCCGGCCGCCUUAAGAGCAUGUACAGCUGCCACGCCAAGAUGCGGCGCAAGCGCGUGCCUCUCGACAAAAUCUACGACGCACGGGCGCUGCGGGUGGUGGUGGGGGAUGCUAACGGGACGCAGCACGAGGCGGCAGUGGAAGCUUGUUACAACCUGCUCUGCGUGGUGCACAGUCUCUGGACUCCCAUUGGUGGAGAGUUUGACGACUACAUCCUCAAUCCCAAGCCAAGCGGUUACCAGUCACUGCACACGGCUGUCAGGGGCCCGGACGGAGCACCUUUGGAAGUGCAGAUCCGCACUCAGUCCAUGCACGAGUAUGCAGAGUUCGGCCAUGCAGCCCAUUGGCUGUACAAGGAGAGUGAUACUCCUGACUCCGCCCCCUCUACAGAACCUGAAUCGCCGUCCAAUGAGAACGCGCCACCUGUACAGUCAGGCAGCAAUCAGCAGCCGCAGCAGCAGGGUGGUUCAACCUCCUCCUCCUCCUCCUCCUCCUCCUCUUCUCUCCUCUCCUCCUUCACCUCGUCUGUCUCCUCCAAAGUAUCCUCCUUCCUCUCCUCUCCUUCCCCUUCUGACCCUUCUGCUUCUGCUGGUGCUGCUUCUGAUGCUGCUGCUGCUUCUGGUGCCGCUGAUAGCGGUCGGGAGAGGAGGCGUGCAACAGGCAAGUUCCAGCCGUUUUCAGCCACGGAUUUUGAGAACCAACCGUUCGAGGGCAUUGGUAGCAGCGGUAUGACUGUGAGUGGCUCUAAAGGGGGAACGAUGAGCAACAGGAGCAGAGAGGGGAGUUCAGCCACGGAUUUUGAGAAGCAACCGUUUGAGGGGUUUGCCAGCAGCGGUAUGACUGGAAGUGGUUCCAAAGGGGGAACGAUGAGCAACAGGGGGAGGGAGAGCUCUAAGGGUGAGACGCAGAGCAACAGGAGCAACAGUGGAAGCGGGGAGAUCGUUGGAAGGAGUUUCAAAGGGGGGACGCAGAGCAACACAAGCAACAGUGGGAGUACGGAGAUUUCUCAAGGGACUUCCAGGGGAGGGACUCAGAGCAACAGGAGCCUGCAAGGGAGGAUGGCUGCUAGCAGCAGGGCGACUAGCAGCAGCAGUGAGCGCACAGAUGCUGCAACAGUGAGAGUGGGGUCUGGUGGUUUGGAAGGGGAGAUAGAGAAGCAGCAGCAGCUGCAGCAGCUGCAGCAGCAGCAACAGCAGCAGGAGGAGCAGGAGGAGCAGGAGGACAAAUUGCGACAAGACAGCCUAGUGGACGCUGUUGCUCUCAGUGAAGUUCUCGUUAUAAGCUGGCCUGGUGGUGAGAUAGUGCGCUUACCAGCUGGCAGUCUGGCAGGUGAUUUUGCCCGCCUACGAGCCAAGGCGGCCACAGGGGAUGCAGCAGCAGCGGCUGCAGUCAUCUCAUCCGACGGGCUGCGCCUCUCCCUCUCCCCCACCACCGCCACUCCCUCUGCCUCGGGCUCUAGAGCCGUUAGUGGGGCCCGGGGCUAUGGAGACGUUUCCAGUGCGGUGCUGUGCCCGGCAGAGGAGUCUAUCUUUGUGAAUGGGAAGCGGGUGGAUCCCAGCACACGGCUUAGAGAUGGGGAUCUGGUGGAGGGAUGGGGAUCUGGUGGAGGUACGCUAUGUGGGGGAGCUGUAGGUGAUGAUGAGGUGGUUGAUGCUGCUGCUGCUCUGCUGUACCCGGCAGAGGAGUCUAUCUUUGUGAAUGGGAAGCGUGUUGAUCCGAGCACACGGCUCAGGGAUGGGGACCUGGUGGAGAGAUGGGGAUCUGGUGGAGGUGCGCUGUGUGGGGGAGCUGUAGUUGAUGAUGAGGUGGGUGAUGCUGCUGCCGGCGCUGCCACUGCUUCUGACAGAGAUGCUGCUGCUGCUGUGCUGUACCCGGCAGAGGAGUCUAUCUUUGUGAAUGGGAAGCGGGUGGAUCCGAGCACGCGCCUCAGGGAUGGGGAUCUGGUGGAGGUGCGCUGUGUUGAGGAGCUGUAG